GUGGAUUGAUCCACGGCUGUUAAAAUCUUGUUCUGUUUUUCUUGGAGUAAGGUUUGUGCCUGCCGACUGACUCGCCUCUCCCGUACAGCACCCCCAUCCACGGUAAAGACGAGCUUUUUGCGGAAGGAAAACAUUUUCAUUUUUUAAAAGCGAAGACCUACAUACAUGUUGGAGCUGGAGAAAAUACGGACUGUGUCCUUUUUGUGUUUUCCUCUCGCCACUGACUGAAAGAAGGAGGCCGGGAGAGAGAGGGGAGAGAAGGUGCAGGUUCUGGGGUCAAUGUGAUUAGGUAAACGUCGUUUCAAGUGCAGGCAUUCACUUUACCUUUAUUUAUUUCCAAACAGGAGAAGUAGACUGCAACGCUCGGUUCCUUGAGCCAGCCAUCCACACGUUGGUGCUUUUUCAGGAAAACUGCUAACUUUCUAUGUUUAAAAAAUAAAUAAAAAGAUCGGAUUGCAUUUUUCUCCCUUCAAACAGUUUCGAGGUGAUGUCAUCGUGCUGUGUUUUGGUUGGUAUUGUGUUGGAGCUCUGGGAGGACCGCAGCCAGACAACUAGGGGCUGAGACGCCGGGGAAGUCAGGGAAAUCAGGUGCAGAGAGCGGCUUUCGUUUCCGUGCUGUCGCGGGUGGCUGGGUCCGCCACCCACUCACAGCUGUUCCCAUCCUCUCAAAUUCCCCCUCCCUCUAUCACUAUAUCCCUCCUUCUUUCUCUCACUCCCCCUCCCCUCCUCCCUUUCAUUCAACUCUCUCCAUCUACCUCUGAGCUGGACCGCUCCGGCCUUUUCUCCACUCUACUGGACACUGUUGUUUGGUGUCCCCCGGGCCAGAGACUUCGGUAGCAGCCAUGACCGAGCCCGCCCUGCAGCACCCGGCGCACGCAGAGCCCCCUUCUCCAAACCGCCCUCGCAUCCAGCCCGUCCAGGGACCCCGCCUCCCACAGCGCCUGACCUUGCCUCACAGGGACUAGAGACCUUACCAGCCUCCGUCCGGACUAUCACUCCUCCCAUCCUCGGUUUACCAUCCCUCUUUCUACGUCUCAUAUCUUCAUAUUCGUCUAAUGUGGAAUUAUCUCAGAAGAAAGUUAUUGACCUAGUAUAAGCCUUAUUGUAGCACUAAAACACCAGGACAAAAGUGAAUUACGCAUAAGAUUACAGGGAGAAAACAUAAUCACUAAAACAUAUUGGAAAGAUUUUGACUGACAUAGGUUUCAUUACUGAAACGUAGAGGGGGGUCGAUUGGACUUCAGCCUCUGUGAGCCGUGAAGGCGCUUUCACCUGUUCCUCUCCAGCCCGGAGGCUGCAGCUGUUUGAUGCCCGAACCUCUCCCCGCGCCCCGCCCCUCCCCGCUCCACCGGCCAUAGUGACAGCCAAGAGAGGUAGCCCUCAGGUCACAGUGGCACGGCCACCCCCGCUCGGCCCCACCCCCCGCGCCCUCACACCCAACCCCAUCAGGGGAACCAGGGCACUCUGCCGAUGCCAACGGGAGUGUCCCCUGACUCUUUGACCCUCCACUCCGUCCAGCGGAUUAUAAACACACAAGUGAACUAUCCGGACUGUCGGACCGGCUCUGACCGAGCAAGCGGACUGACUCUGGGCGAAGUUCCGUAGUGGAGAGGGGAAGAGAUGCAGUCCCUUCUCUCCACGCUCGCUGUCUUAUGUAUCCAGAUGUUGCUGGUGAUGUGCAAUCCAUUGCAGCAGGUGUUUGGCGUGGAUGGGGUUAACUUCAGCGUGCACGUUGAGAACCAGACCCGGGUGAGAGACGCUAUGAGCAGGCGGCACCACCGGGUCUACCAGCUCUACAGCCGCACCAGCGGCAAACACAUCCAGGUGCUGGGGAGACGCAUCAGCGCCCGCGGAGAGGACGGAGACAAAUAUGCCCAGCUCGUAGUGGAGGCUGACACCUUUGGUAGCCAGGUGAGAAUUCGCGGUAAAGAGACCAACUUCUACCUGUGCAUGAACCGCCGCGGCAAGCUGGUGGGAAAGAAGGCCAGUAAUAAAAGUGAAGACUGCGUGUUUGUAGAAAAGGUUCUGGAGAACCACUACACCGCACUAAUGUCGGCACGAUACGCCGGCUGGUAUGUGGGCUUCACCAAGAGGGGGCGCCCUCGCCGUGGCCCCCACACACUGCCCAACCAGCAGGACGUCCACUUUAUGAAGCGCUUCCCACCCGGGGAGUACCCUGAAACCACGCCCUUCCGCUUCACAACGGUCAACAAGAGGAGCAAGAGGGUCCGUGCCACCGGGACCCGCUAGCAGCUAAUUCUAACGGCUACCAUCCAUCCACUGCCCAUUGCCACCUGUACCUGCUCAUCCACUAACCGCUAAUGGGAUAACUUUGACCCUUCCUCUGGACUUUAAUACAUGCUAAGUGGCAAAUUAGCGCCAUUGGACCCGGCUAACAUCCACUGCACCUGUUCCUGAAGCUAAUCGAUAAUGGACCAGUGCUACACCAACACUACUGGGACAACAUGUAGCCUCCUCAAGACCCUGACUGAUAGGCCUCCUAACUGGCUAGUACCCCAGUACACUCGCUAACUUGACACUGAAGGCCACUAAUAAUAACUUUAUUUGUAUAGUGCUUUUCAAUACAAGUAACAAAGUGCUUCACAUCAUAAAAUAAUCAAAUUAAAGCACUAACAAAAUAGAACAAGCCUAUAACCCUGCUACUAGCCCAUCGACCUGGCCCACUCCCCUGCAAGGCCCAGAAACUAUGAAAAGGCCCCUGAAAGGUAGCUAAACUGAUGCCCAGGCUUUCCACCUUGUGUAGGCCUCGUUUCCCUCCAACCCCCAAGCUUGGACAGAACUGUGCUAUUGCACUGUCCCUUAGCAGUGGCCAGUUAAGCUCUGCUUUAAAACAAACAUACGAAAACCGGUCACUUGGCUGGUUUAGCACGCAUCUCUGCGUUAAGGUAAACGUGAUUGCUCUGUUAAAACAAGAAUGACUUCAGUGUGUUUAAACUGUAGCUAAAGCUAGCGACACUGCAAUAACAACAACCUUUCUCACAGGCUUUGACCAGAGCAGCUAUCUGACACUGUUCAGGACUGGAUGAUCGUCAUUGAUGGACCAAAAGACAGAGAGACGAGACGAGACAGACAGACGGAAGGACAGACGGACGGAAUGACAGAGAGGGGGGCAGACGGGGGGACAGACUAGAGAUCUAUGGGACAGUGGCACCAUGAGAGAAACUGUGGAGCAACAGGUGGGCAAACAGAAAACAGGAAGAGGAACACAGGAAGUCAGUGGAGUGGGGAUCAAGCCACAGAACAGGCCAGAAUGGCACUGUGGUGGAAUAAAUGGAAUGGAUGGACUGCUUUGGACGCACUUCUCUCUGUCUCAGCCCCCUGGCGAGGAGAAUCUGUGAGACUUGGGGUGAAUGAAUGAAUGAAUGAAUGUAUGUACAGUGUAUGUGUGUGAGUGUAAGGGCACCAAAGACCAUUUGUGAAGCUGUUUGGGGGGAAUCUGCAAAGGGACUAGAGGCCUAAAUUAGCCCUGUAUAACCUCCCCUAACAACUCACUGAAGGGACUGAAGCUUUAAGAACCAGAAUGUACAAACCAAGCUGCACCAAAAAUAAAUCAAAUUUAAUAACCACCAAAGACAACUGGAGACCAGCGACAUGUCAACUCCCCAAGUCCCGCCCCCGGGACAGAAUUCCCUCUUCUUAUAGGACCAGAGGGUGAUGACGGGUGCAUGGGAGGAGGGUGCCUUCUCUUCAUAUUAGCGUUGCUAUAGAAACGACCCAGGGGAUGACGCUCCUGUACGAUACCAUGGAUACAGAAUGCUGCUGCCAGGACAUUCAGUGGAGCACCAAAGUCUCAUACACAAAAUAUUAAAGGGAACAAUUUAUUAAAAGUUAUAUAUAUAAAGAUGACAAAAAAACUAAAUAAGCAAUCUUACUAUGAUUGUUACGAUAAUUGUUAUUAUUAUAAAAUUAUUUCAUUUAUUUAUUUCAGCUGUUUGCAGAAGUCUUUCUAAAAUCAGUAAACCUUACAGAAACAUGUCUCCUGUGUCGUAGACCAUCUAUACACAGUCAAACAACCCUUCAUCAUCAUCAUGAUGAUCAUCAUUUGAAAAUAUUUGCUUAUGUAGACCAUAAGGCUUCCACGAGAGAGUGCGACUGCUGCUGAUCUUCUGCCAUUUUGGGGAUUAUUUUCCAUGACAGGUCACAGUCCAUCUCCUUUUCCGCAGUUCUUUCACCAGGUUUCCUUUGGGCUGCUAUGCUUCCUUUCUUGGAAAUUGUGGGUCUUGUAUGGCUCAAUUACCGUAACAAAACCUGUACUUAUAUCCAUGACUACUGAUCUUUGUGGAAAAUAACUGAUAGGGUAGGCUUCUGCAAUGCAGUAGUAUCCUAUUUGUCAUUCUAGCUCUCAACCCACUGACAUGGGCCUACACAUCUGACACCAAUCAUCCCCCCCUAACCACCACACAAACCCUCAACCACCACCCCAACACAAAAUUCUACCAUGGU